AUGGCGGAUGCUGAUGGCGGGGAUUCCCAGCCCCCGCCCAAAAGGCAGGCCACACAAACUCCCGCGCGAGUUGAGAGCUCCACCUUGGCGGGCCUGGAGGGCGAGACAACUACCCAGUCCGCCCCUGAAAACGCCGCCGCCGCCUCCACACUUGCACAGAAUGAGGAGUCUUCUACCCAACAGGGCGAGUUAGGAGCUCCACCGACUUCACCUACUUGCCCGACGAGCCCGGGUAAGGUGGAGGACCAAACUUCAUUUCCGGGAGGGGAAAAAGAAGGUCCACCGCGUGACCGCCUUGAGGAUCCCGCCACCUUCCUAAUUUCUCACCCCUUCUUUGAGAAACUGAGGGAAGGGGAGACCAGGGGAUCCAAACACUUGGCCCAAGAGGCCUUGCCGAGCCUACUUAGUGCUGGUUGCUUGCUUGCUCGGACAACCCAGAACUCUGAGUCCUCCGCUGCUGAGAUCGACCAACUUCAAAUGGAGGUUGAAGAGCUCCGCACCGCUAACCAGAAGGCUUAUGAGUAUCGAGACAAGCUUGUGGCCACGUUGGCGGCCCAGGAGACCAAGAUGAACAAGGUUGGUGCCGAGUUAGGCCGGGUCAGGAUCAACGUGGGUAACCGCGAGUUGAGGAUUGAAGAGCUAGAAGGAGAGCUCGCCGCUCGGGCCGAAAUUGUGACCGCCAAGGAAGAAGCCCUUGCCGCCACCAACAAAGAGCUUGAUUUUUUGAAGGGUGAAUUGCUGGCGAGGGAUAAGGCUUCAGAUGAAGCUAAGGUUGAGGCUGAGGCUAAGCCUAAGGCCGAGGUCGAGGCUAAGGCCAAGGCCGAGACUAAGGCCAAGGUGAAAGCCGAGGCCGAGGCUAAGGCUAAUGUUUAA